AGACGACAUGUGGAAUGAAAAUACAAGUCACUGGGAUGUCUUGCGGUUGCCAUUUAGAGUUACAGCAAAAGGAAGUAAAAUCUUGGUGACUACACAAAGCAUGAGAGUCUCCAACAUUGUUGCUACUACUCCACCUUAUCAUGUAGACACUUUAUUGGAUGAAGAUUGUUGGGCUUUGAUUAAGAAAAGAGCCUUCCCAAGCAUUGAGCUGGAUGAGCGCAACGAUUUGGUGGAAAUUGGCAUAAAGAUAGCAGAAAAGUGCCAAGGGUUACCAUUAGCUGCAAGAAUCAUUGGGAGUGUUUUGCAUUGUAAAUCGGAUAGAAAUGAAUGGGAGGCAAUAUUAAAUAGCAAAUUUUGGGAAUUACCUGAAAUUGGGAAUGAAAUUCUUCCAGCAUUGACACUAGGUUAUCAUCUUUUGCCUCAUUGUUUGAAACGUUGCUUUGCUUAUUGCUCAAUAUUUCCUCAAAAUUUUGAGUUUAUUCAAGAUGAUUUAGCUCAACUAUGGGUGGCAGAAGGGUUCAUCCAACCCCAACCAAGGAGAAGAAUUGAAGAUAUUGGUAGAGACUACUUUGACAUUCUGUUGCAAAGGUCAUUUCUCCAAUUUUCACACCGUGACCAUAACAAUCAACAAGUGUAUAAAAUGCAUAAUCUCAUUCAUGAGCUUGCUCAAUUUGUUUCUGGGGAACUAUGCUUUAGAAUGGAUGAUAAUAUUGACACGUCACAUCUAUGGCCUAAUUUCACAAGUGUUCGACACUUAUCUUUUGUUUCUGAUGGCAAUAACCAGCAGUCUUUGGAGUUGUUUCGUAAGUGCAAUCGCCUAAGAACGUUGCUGUUUUUUUCAUCAGAAAGUCAAAGCCAUGUUAAUGAUAUCUCUUAUGAACUCUUUCUUAGUCUUCAUCGUAUCAGAGUGUUGAAUUUGAACUACACCAAUAUCAGUGAACUUCCUGAUUCUAUUGGUGCUUUGAAACACCUCCGCUACCUUGAUGUUUCAAACACAAAUAUUGAAAAGUUGCCAGAGUCGGUGACAAAUCUACAUGGGUUGGAAACACUUAAGCUGAAAAAUUGUUUCAACUUUCUUCAGCUUCCCAUGCACAUGAAGAAUCUAACAAACUUGCGACAACUUGAAUUGGAUGUAAAGCGUCAAAUAACAUUUAUGCCACCAAACCUUGGAAACUUGACAAAUCUUCAAACACUAUCUGCCUUUAUUGUAGGCAAGGAGAAAGGGCAAGGGAUUGAGGAGCUGAAAAAUAUGAAUUUCCUGCAUGGAUCCUUGUGCAUCACUAACCUUGAAAAUGUGUCAAGCGUCAAAGAAGCUGUCAUGGCCAGGUUAGACAAAAAGCAAUACAUAGACAAAUUAGAGUUGCAAUGGAAUGAGUUUAAAGUUGACUCAACUGAACAAGUUUUAGCAGGACUUAGACCCCACUCUAUGAUCAAAGAGCUAACUAUAUCAGGUUACGGUGGCUUUAUGUUUCCAAGUUGGUUGGGCGAUCCAUCAUUUAACAAGCUUGAGAGUAUUUAUUUGCAAAAAUGUCACCAUUGUCGGCAUCUUCCUCAACUUGAAGGGCUUCCAUCUUUGAGAUCUUUGUACAUUAAUGAGAUUCAUGAUUUGCUAUCACUCCACAUUUUUCGUGGUUUUCUACAUUUGCAAUCACUUACAUUGCAAGACAUGCAAAAUCUGCAGCAAUUUGAUUGGGAUGAAGGUGCCAUGCCUAAGCUACACCAACUUGUUAUAGUAGAUUGUCAAAAUCUACGCUCUCUUCCUCAACUUCAUCAUCUUUCUUGCCUUGAAAAUUUAGAGAUUAUGCAUUGUCCUCAGCUCCAAUCAUUGCCGAAUGGCGGACUGCCAACUUCAUUGGAAUCUCUUAUCAUUGUACAAUGUGACAUUCUAAGAGAACAAUGCAGAGAAAAUUAUGAUCAAAUUUGGAGAAUACAAAGGGUUGAGAUUGAUUAUGAGCCCCUCGAAAUGGCAGUGGCAUAAUUUCUUGAUUGGAUUUUCAUGCACAAAACGAUUUCUCUUUGGCCUUAAUAGUCUUGAUGAGAUGGAAGAUUUCUAUUAGAAGUUUGAAGGAAGAGUAUUUAUAUGGCAGAAAAAGAUGAAAAUUCAAGUACAAUUUGCUGGUACGUGACCUGUCCAACUCUGAAAUAUUCAUCGUGUCCCAUCCCAUUGUCAUCCCUGAUAGCAGGUGCAUGUGAGAAUCUGCAGAGGAAAGCUAAACCAGAGAUUAAUAAUCCCUUGUAGUUCCUAGAGCAAUAUGAUAAUUUAUAUAGAACUAGAAUAUAUAGCUGCAUGGAUGUUUUGUAUUUCCUAUUAUUGUCUCCUCUUGGAAUUUUCCUUGUUGAUUCCAAGUUCCCCAAUAGGCUGUGAUUGCAUGCAUGCAUAGGUGUGCUUGUGAGUUUUGGGCGGGGGGAUAAGUGUGCGUGUGCCAACAGAAAUUUGCAACAAAUUUCAAGAAAAAUCCUUUGUAAAUGAUCCUGCAAUGGAUUUUUUUCAUAGAAAAUAAGGGUGUCAUAUUUUUUUUUUUAAUGCAUUUCAUGAUAGGUUGCA